GAUAUAAAUAAAAUAAAUAAACAAAAGCUUUCCACCGUUUCCUUUCUUUCUCCUGGACCUGGACUUUCCUUCUCUUUCAUCCAAUCCAAGUUUUUCUCUCUCUUAACAGCUGUUGAUUUUUCUUUUUCUUUUAUGAUUUCCUUUUUCAUCUAAUUUUGCUGUUUUUGGUAUUUUCGUGGGUUUUACCAAAACAAGUUUCUUACAUAGAAUAAGUAUAUUUUCGUUAAUUAUAAUAAUGAAGUGAUAUGAAGGUAAAAAAAAAUUGUUUCUUUAAAUGGUGGGGGUGGGCUUUCAGGAGCUUUGAAUAAGGAAAGGUCGUUGUUUGUGGGUUCUUGCUGCUUUGGUUGUGACUAAAAAGAGAACCUAGAAUCAAUCAAUCACCAAAAAAAAAAAAUGAACAGCUACCUCUUCUCUGUAUAAUAGGUAUACAUAUGUAACUUUCUGGUCUGGUUUUUGCUUGCAAACAUCAGAUUUUCAGUUACUUCUUGCUUUAUCUUUCUUGUUUUGGAAUCUAUUUGCUCCUAUCUACUACAGGCUUUCUGGAUUUUUUUGCCUAUUUGCGUCGUGUCUAGUAUUCCUGAAUCCAAUUCAUCGCAACUCUUAACACGGUGGCAGGGUUUCUGGUCUUUGCUCACAGAUUCUUAGAUUUCUGAGCUUCUUCUCGUCUUCACCUAAAGAGGCUUUCUGAUGGCUUCAAAUUGAAUUGAGAUUUUGUUUACAUGUUGAGGUUCAUUUACUGGUGGCUAUAAAGAGAUGGUGAGAGGAAAGACUCAAAUGAGGCGUAUAGAGAACGCCACAAGCAGGCAAGUCACCUUCUCCAAGCGGCGAAAUGGGUUGCUGAAAAAGGCCUUUGAGCUUUCUGUUCUUUGCGAUGCAGAGGUUGCCCUUAUCAUCUUUUCUCCAAGAGGGAAGCUCUAUGAAUUUGCAAACUCCAGCAUGCAGGAGACAAUUGAACGUUAUCGUAGACAUGUGAAAGACACCAAAAUCAACAAGCAAACAUCUGAAGAAGACAUGCUGCUACUGAAGACGGAAGCAACGAACAUGGUGAAGAAGAUAGAGCUCCUUGAAAUUGCAAAAAGGAAACUACUGGGAGAAGGUUUGGGUGCCUGCACAAUUGAAGAACUACAGCAGAUAGAACAACAGCUGGAGAGGAGCGUAAGCAACAUCAGAGCUAGAAAGGUUCCUCAAAAACACCAUUCCAUGUGUUUUUGCUUAAAAUCUUCAGGGAACUUGCAUGGUCUAAGAUGCAUUUUUUUUUCUCAUGUUCAGAAUCAGGUUUUUAAAGAACAGAUUGAGCGACUAAAAGAAAAGGAGAAACAAUUGGAAGAUGAAAAUGCAAAGUUGUCUGAAAAGUGCGGUGCCCAUAAAUGGCAAGGCCUGAAAAUGGUGGAAGAAAGUAGAGCCUGUGAAGAACGUAGCCCAGUUUCAGAUGUGGAAACUGAACUUUUCAUUGGACCGCCAGAAACCAGAACCCAGCGCCUUCUCCAAUGAAAAUGAUGAAUGGUGAGCAAAGCCAUGCAAUAUAAGAUAUAUAUAUAUAUAUAUAUGUACAUAUCGCCAUCUAGCAGCAAGCAACAAUAAGGGUAACUGUAGUAAUAUAUGUUAUUUGUUGAAGAAACUUCAUCAACUUAAAGAUAGGAGCUAUCUACUUAAAUUUUUAUUUAAGGGACAAGUUAUGGCAGUUUUCUGCAAUUUGAGUAGUACUGGUGCCAUGCAUCUUAGACAUCUUGAUAUUUGAACAAGUUGUAAUUGCACUAAUGCAGUAUCAAUGACGAGAGAUGGCGAGGGCCUUCUUAUUUUAACUUA